AUGGAGGUUUCCAGAACGGGCAAUACGUUACAGCUAGACGCCCAAAAUCACAAACAUCCACUAGAGGCCGAGAAGGCUCGGAGGGCUAAGAACAGAAAGUUCGCACUCUAUACGCCUUUAUCCUUUGGGGCCACGGGACCGAGGCGAUAUUGGACGCAAGCAUUCACAGCCACACCGAUCAUCGGCAUCAUCGCCGAGGAUCGCGGGGACACGGUGUCAGGAGGCUCCUGGCGUAGCACGAUUAAAGUGCGGUUCUGCCGUCGGAGCUUGGUGAUGCUUAAACAGGAUAAGCAAGAAGUCGAAGCGACGUCCAUGCAGUUUUUCCAAUCAUCGGCCUUGGAUGGUCCUGGGCAAAGCACAGCGACGACGCUGGUGGGAAACUUCCCCGCGCUGCGGGAGACCUCGAAGAGGGUCACACGAGUCCUUGGAGCCUUGCAGCGUAUCCGGCGAGGGGUACGGAGGUUAUUAGGGAGCCUCACCCGGCCUGCGAAGAUUGACGGCAAGGAGAAUCUCCGACUUGCAGGUUCCCUGGCCAGUAAUCAGGACAGCUCACCGGAUCUUGAAGCUAGCAGGCUGUGGCCGCCUUCUUUGUCUAUAUUUGCGUACUACCCGGUGGUUAGUGCCUGUCAAGUGCGGCUGAAGGACCUAUGGAUUACUGUGCGCGGAUUAGAGCUUGAUUUCUCGACUUUCUCGGAACGAACCGCGUGGCGGCCGAAUUUCCAUCACCUACACUGGAAGAAGGUAGGACUUCCGUUGCUGUUCCAUCGGAUUGAGGCCGGCUGCCGCCGAGCUGGAUCACCACGGAAGGCCCAGCUUUCCGGAUUUGGCACCGAGGUACCGUGA